CAAAAUAUAAAACACGCGCUACUCUCCUCUCAUGUUAGUUUCGAUUAUAUUGCGCCCUCCUCAUUUAUAUGUCGAGAUGUAUGGUUUGCUUUAUAUCGACCACCAUGGAAGUUUCCAUUUUAUUGUGUUGCGUGAAAUUCAUAUGAAGUUGUGAUGAAUUUAACUAUUUUUGCAUAACUAAAUAGUAUUUGUGAAUAUGUGUUCCUAAGAUAUCUAAUAUAAAAAUUUGUUUAAUCUUUUAUGAUUAUGAUUAUCAAGAACUUUAGUAGAUAGAAAACGUUUAAAGAUAACUCACACCUAACCCAACACUUCUAAUAGUUGGAAAUUUAUUAUUAGUGUUUAUAAUUAUCAAAAAUAUACAGUAUUGUGGUAUAUAUAAAGAUCAUACAGUAUUUUAGCAGAUACCUUGUUGUACAUAUAGUGGACAUGGAUAAAGAAGUUCCUGAAGAAAUGCCUGAAUCAAGCAUGACAUCUCAAGAUGCAACAGUUUUACUUGAUCAACAGAGCAUGUUGGAAGUAACUAUAGAUAGCCAUAAUAAACCAUCUAAUAGAAGUCAUUGUAGUGAUACGAUGGAAGAAGAAAUUGUAUCUGCAGAUGAUACAAAUGUAUAUAAUGGUUCUACCACUGAAGAUUGUGUCACGGAAUCUAAUGCAGAUAGUAUAGCAGCUACAGAUGAUUUAAGACAGUUUGAUGUUUUGGAUGACUUAGAACGUCAUCCAGAUCAAAAUUGUUCUGAUAUGGAUUCAGAUACAAAUGAAAGUAUGGAUUCUGAUGUACCAGAUGAAGAAAUUGAAGCCAUGCUUGAAGAAGGUUUACCAGAAGAAUUUAAAGGCAAAAGAAAAGACAAAAAGGAUAGUGUACCAUAUGAAGAAAAAGAAAAAUUGGUCUUGGAUGAAAUUGGUCAUAAUCAUUUUGAUGUACUCCCAGAAGGUUGGGUUCAAGUCACACAUAACAGUGGAAUGCCUUUGUAUUUACAUAAACAAAGUAGAGUUUGUACUCUUGCAAAACCAUACUUCCUUGGACCUGGGAGCGUAAGAAAACAUGAAGUGCCUGUUAGUGCAAUACCUUGCCUUCAAUAUAAGAGAGCUCUUCAUGAAGAAGAGGAGGAAAGGAAAAAGCAGAAGGAACGUGAUCCAAAUACAGAAGUUUGUAGUCUUCCUAGUGCAAAAAUAGAAACAAUUCAAGAAAAUCGAGCAGCUCAUUCAUUAGAUAGUGAACAAUUAAGAAACUAUUGCCAAUCGCUUUUCCGUUUUAAAGCUAUUAAAGUAAUGAGGUUUCAAUCGUGGUCAGCAAGGAGAAAAUUUACGAAAAAUAAAAAACAUCGUAAACAACUUGAAAGACCAACUUUACCUGAUGGAACUAAAUUAAUAACAUUUCCGGUUAGUAGUUCUAAUUUAGCAGGAAGUAGUGGUAAUGCAACUGGAGAUGAUAGCAGUGGACAGAGACCUCCGAAGCAUUGGAUAAUGAAUCCUUCAGGCAAAAGUUAUGUUUGCAUACUUCAUGAAUAUGUACAACAUGCACUUAAAAAACAACCGACUUAUAAGUUUAAAGAAUUAGAAAAUGCUGCAACACCAUAUUCUGCUGUUGUUUGUAUUAAUGAUAUGGAAUAUGGAAGCGGUUUUGGUAGCAGUAAAAAACAAGCGAAAGCAAAUGCUGCUCGAAAAACCCUAGAAAUAUUGAUUCCCCAAAUGAGAGAUAAAAUUUCUGGCGAUAAUGGCGGUGAUACAGCUUCGGGUAAUAACAGUCGUAUGAUCAAAGCGUCCAGAGCAAAUUCUGAUGCAGAUUUAUCGUUUUUCGAUGAAAUAUCUAUCACCGAUCCUCGAGUCGCAGAAUUCUGUGCAAAAACAACCGAACCAUCGCCACAUGCUAUUUUAAUUACUUGUCUUCAACGAAAUUAUGGUCUCGGUGACAUGCAUAUUAAUUAUUCAGUAAAUACAUUGAAGCAUCAACGUAAUGAAUUCACAAUGCGCGUUGGAAAACAUGAGGCUACUGUUGUAUGCCGUAACAAAAAAGAUGGCAAACAAAGAGCAGCACAAGCUAUUUUACAACUUAUGCAUCCUCAUAUUCAAUCUUGGGGCUCCUUGUUAAGAUUAUAUGGAUCUCGAAGCGUUAAGUCUUUUAAAGAGAAAAAACAAUUAGAACAAGAAAUUACGUUGUUACAAGGUAAAGCUGCAGUAAAUCAGCCAAAUCAUGCUAUUUUAAGUAAACUUAGACAAGAAAUGCGCAAACUAGCUGAACAAAGACAGGCAAUACAACCUAUUGGUAAGUUUGUACCGCCAGAUUUACCAACUGGAUCUGCAGCUAAUUUGAACAACGUAGAUUUAUAACAUACUAGUCGGCUGUAUAUAACCUAUGAAUAUUAAUUUAUUUUUCAAAGUUUAAAAGAAAACGGUAUUCUCCAUUUAUUUCAUAUCUGAUUUUAAAAGUAAGCAUGACAAUUUUACUGAUGCUGAUUCUUAUACCAUUAGGUGUUUAAUAUUUUGACAUUUUUAUUUUUGCGUCCUAAAAUUAAUAUUGUAUAAUUAUUAAUUAAUGAUGUAAUGGGAUGUUGAUGAAGAAUAAAUGAAAAUUGAUUUUUGAGGUGUAAAUUGAAAAAUUGAAGUUUGUCUGAACAUAACCGAAAUGUCACAGAAUACUACCUCAAUUGUCUUAGUUUUCCACAUAUCGUUUUUUCCUAAUUCUUCUGUUGUGACAGGUUUCUACUAAAAUUUGUCAUAUCGAGGAUGACGGAUGUAUUUGUUAAAAGUGAAUAAACAAUUAUAUAGUUUGAUGUUUUCAGAAAAAAUCUGCGUCCUAUUUUAAUUCAAUAUCUGAUUUGGUGAUUGUAUACAUAUAUUUGCUGCGAUUAACAAUUAGUUGCUGACGACAUGUAUAAAAUAUGUAUAACGCAAUAAUGUAAGACCUAUUUCACGUUAAAAGAAGAAAUGAAUUCAUUCUUGAAUUACAUAUUGCGUUAUACCCUGUUGUAAUAUGACACUUGCAGAUAAGAGGCUACCUUUUAGAAUAUAUAUGUAUAUGUUUUUCGCAAUGAAAAGGAUUAUUCUUAAGUAUAACAGAAGAUUAAUAGCAUAUUUUAAUAAUUAUUAAACAUCUUUAUAGAACAUAAUCGUUUAUUUCCAAACAAUUAAUUACAAUGAAAUAUAUUUCAGUUCCAUAAAUAUUAAGGCAUCAAACUUGUAUAUUAUCAACAAUUAUAAUGUAUCGAAAAAGUAUUACAAUUGUUCUAAUAAAAUUACUAAUAGACUUAAUAGGAUAUACAUAAAUUGUUUAAUUAUACAUAAACUAAUUGUUUUAUAUUAUAUAACUGUUUUUCACUUUCUUUGGCACUGGUAUAUAAUUUUUUGUGAUAUUACUAUCUUUUAAUUCUAUGUUUUAUAUGAUACUUUACUAAUAAUAUUCAACAAUGUAGAAACAGAAUUAAUAAUACAAAUAUUCAAUUAUACCUCUUUAAAGCUUAACCUCUGCUGUCUGUCAGAAAUAUAACAUUGUAUAUAUUUUUAAGGUAAUUAAAAAUGGUUUCUUUUUAUUUUAUGGUAAUUAUAUCAUAUUUCAGUAAAAAAUACAAACAUUAAUGUUCAUUACGUACUCUAAAUUGUAGAUUUUAUAUCCGUGCUUUUAAUAUAGCACAUAUGCCUAAAUUAAGCUAUAAUUUGUUUAAUAGUAUGUUACAUGAUAAAUGUUUCUAUAUAAAU